AGAUUUUGCCCAAUAGUCGAAGGGGUGGGUUUACUAGGCUAUCGGAUUCACAAACACACGCACAAGACUUGGACAGUAUACAGAAGGAGCCUCAAAAUGUCGGGGUCUGCGUUUGAAUCUCUGGAGAAGACAUUGGAGAAACAUAUUCCAGAUGAGGAAUUGAAAGAAGUUAAACGAAUCUUGUUUGGAAAAGAAACCAAGAAGUUGGUUCUACCAGCAUGUGCAAUGGAGAUAGCUUUGGAGAGGGACUUUGAGCUUCAGGGGUACAUGUUUGAAGCUUCCACGGAGCAGCUCAGGACCCCGAGAAUUGUCCGGGUGGGCCUCAUUCAAAACCGCAUCGUCCUGCCCACUGAUGCCCCUGUCCUGGAUCAGAUCACAGCGCUCCACAAAAGGAUUGGUGAGAUGGUGGAUGUGGCGGCCAUGUGUGGGGUCAACAUUGUCUGCUUUCAGGAGGCCUGGACUAUGCCCUUUGCUUUCUGUACCCGGGAGAAAGAACCGUGGACAGAAUUUGCUGAGUCUGCAGAAGAAGGAUACACUACCCGCUUCUGCCAAGAGCUGGCAAAGAAAUACAAUAUGGUAGUGAUAUCGCCCAUUUUGGAGCGAGAGGAGGUACACAACGUUCUGUGGAACACGGCAGUAGUAGUCUCUAACUCGGGCAGCGUGCUGGGUAAAACCAGGAAGAAUCACAUUCCCCGAGUGGGAGACUUCAACGAGUCCACAUAUUACAUGGAGGGAAACACUGGCCACAAAGUGUUUCAGACCCAGUUUGGAAAGAUUGCUGUGAACAUCUGCUAUGGGCGCCAUCACCCUCUCAACUGGUUCAUGUACAGCAUGAAUGGAGCAGAGAUCAUCUUCAACCCCUCUGCAACUGUUGGAGGACUCAGUGAGCCCAUGUGGUCAAUCGAGGCUAGGAAUGCAGCUAUAGCAAACCACUGCUUCACCUGUGGAAUCAACCGUGUUGGGACAGAGCACUUUAACAAUGAGUUCACCUCUGGGGAUGGAAAAAAAGCUCACCAAGAUUUCGGGUACUUCUAUGGGUCAAGCUAUGUGGCUGCUCCGGAUGGCAGCCGCUCACCAGGCCUGUCCAGAACCCGUGACGGACUCCUUGUGACCGAAAUGGACCUCAACCUGACCAGGCAAAUCAGUGACAAAUGGAGUUUUAAGAUGACUGGGAGGUAUGGAGAGUAUGCAGAGGAGCUCACCAGAGCCACCAAGCAGGACUUCAAACCCAACAUUAUCAAGGAGUAGAAGAUCCAUGCGUUCUGAAGGCACCUCUACAUGGAGACGGGCUGCACUGUAGACAUGAAGUCACUGUUGAGGCAGACAUGUCUAGUGCCAUCAAGAGUAUGAACAGACCAAUUAAGCCAGCCAUUUGUUAAAAUUAUUUUAUUGAUUUACAGUACGUAAUUGGAAUUGUAAGAAAAAAAGUUUGCCAUUUUAAUAGAUAACAAAUACACAACCAGGAAUAAAUUGUCUUCCCACCCAAUUAGUAGAUUGGGAAAAUAUCUUAUGUUAAAAUAUUAAUUAAAUAAUACAUAAUUAUGGCUGGUACAAAUACCAUAGUGCAAUAUCAUCCAUGAUACCAAAAUGUAAAAAUAAAUGUUGAAUGAGAAUUAAAUAAAAGGUGUUAUUCUA